GCCGGAAAGUCUGUGUCUCCUCCAUUUCAGCGUCAAAGGGUUUAACCAAAGCCCUAAAACUUUCCUUGAAAUGACGACCCUUUCUUCAAUCUCUCGGUUCCUCUCUUCCUCAAUUCGCCUCAAAAAUCACAAGCUCUCAAUUUCUCACUUCUCUACUGUCUCGUCGGCAGAGACGGUCUACAAUCACCUCCAGAGAAAUGGUGGCAACAUUGAGAAAACCCUAGCCUCAAUGAGGCUCAAUUUGGACGCCAAAUGUGUAAGUCAGGUUUUACAUAGAUGCUAUCCCACCCAAUCCCAAAUGGGUCUUAGAUUUUUCAUAUGGGCUGGGGUUCACUCCAGUUAUAGGCAUAGCUAUUUUAUGUUCAGCAAAGCUUGUGAAUUGUAUAGGAUUAGGCAAAACCCAAGUGUGAUUUUUGAUGUUUUGGAGGCUUAUAGUGUUGAAGGUUGCUCUGUUAAUAUGAAAAUGUUUAAAGUUGUUUUCAAUAUGUGUAAAGAAGCUAAGCUUGCUGAUGAGGCUUUGGGGGUUCUGAGGAAAAUGCCGGAGUUCGGGUUGCGAGGGGAUAAUGUAGUGUAUAAUGUUGUUAUAAGGCUGUUUUGUGAUAAGGGUGAUUUGGAUAUGGCUGAGAGUUUGGUGAAGGAGAUGAGCAUGGUGGAGCUUUAUCCGGAUUUGAUCACAUACAUGGUGAUGAUUAAAGGGUUGUGUAAUGUGGGUCGGUUGGAUGAUGCGUGUGGGUUGUUUAAGUUUAUGAAGGAAAAUGGUUGUUUGCCUAAUGUUGUGGUGUUCUCGGCCCUUCUUGAUGGAUUCUGUAGGUUUGGGGAUAUGGAGAGAGCCUUGAAGUUGUUAGAGGAGAUGGAGAAGGAAGGUGGGGAUUGUAGUCCUAAUGUAGUAACAUAUACGUCUGUGAUUCAAUAUCUUUGUGACAAGGGUCGGACAGUGGAGGCAUUGCUUGUUUUGGAUCGAAUGGAAGCUCGUGGUUGUUUACCAACUCGCGUCACGGUUAGUUCUUUGAUCACGGGUUUUGUUAAGGAGGAUCAAGUUGAGCUGGCUUAUAAGUUGGUUGAUAGAGUUGUUGAAAGUGGAAGUGUUACAAAAACUGAUUGCUAUAGUUCUCUUGUUGUGUCUUUGGAAAGAGUCAGAAAACCCGAGGAGGCAGAGAAAGUCUUUAGGACGAUGCUUGAUAGUGGGGUCAAACCAAACAGUUUGGUGUGUACCAUUAUGUUAAAAAAAAGUUGUUUGGAGGGACGUAUGGUGGAUGCAUAUUGCUUGUUUGAUGAACUUGAGAAGAUGGAAUGCUUAUCUUCUAUUGAUUCUGAUACUUAUUCUAUUCUUUUAGUGGGGCUUUGUCAGCAAAGACACUUAGUGCAGGCUGCAAAGCUUGCAAGGGUAAUGCUGAGUAAAGGAAUUAAACUAAAAGCUCCAUAUGUUGAUAUUAUAGCUGAGGUCCUGAUGAAAUCUGGAGAUGAGGAGUUACUUGAACAAUUGACAAGAAAUGGAAGGUGACAUUGAAGAAAAGAUAAUAUUCAACUGUCUCCUUGGCUCGUUUGUUAAGAAACUGGCUCUCGUUUGUUGACCUGGGUGCUUCAGCUAUAGAAGAAAACAAUUCUUGAGUUGAGUUGGUAGUAUUUGCAACAAACGAGUACUUGUUCCAAUCUGGCAGAGAAAAACAAUUAUUGAAAGUGGAAGUGAAUAAAGGCAGAUCCUGGUCAUGAAGAGGUUAUCCUUUCAAGUAUCAAAGCACUUCAAGGGAGGGCAAAAAUAUCUAGCCAGGUACCUGCCACCCACCCUCAACUUCCCCCUUCCUGCCUCCCUUAUAGGGAACAAGAGAGCAAGGAUGAAGGACAGCUGAGCUCUAUGGACAAACCUUUACACUGUGGACUGGAUUGGUUUGGAAACCUUAAAAGAACCUGAGAGGGUCUGGAUUUGUGGUCCAGGAAGUCAUUUAGGAAUCUCUGAACGUCAUAUUAGAAACUAUGUGGGGCCUUGAUAAAAGAUUUGCAUCAAGAAAUGGCAAUCAGAGUGGUAGUUUACUGAGUAAGUGAAGUUCAUCAUAAAGUUGGUGAGUUACAAUGGGGAGCAAGCUGUACCUCAGUUUGAAGCACCAACAGCAGUACUUGAAGGUUCAUCCUAUCCAGGUGCUUCUCAUCAACCGAAAGCUUCUCUAGUUAGCUACUGGGGCUGUUUGCCUUACUGUUGAAUAAGAUUAUUGCAUGAACUUUAUUUUUGGUCAUUGGAUGAUCAAAGUAACUGUAUAUGAAAUCUAUUAUUUGCCCUCAUCAUCAUAUUAUGAAACUCCAUAUCGAAGUCCUGUGUCUAUCUUAUCUGUUAGAAAGAAAGAAAUAAAUAAAUGAAAAUCUCUCAAAGGGAAGCAUCCAAAAUUUUGGUA